AUGAACUAUCUCCGCGGUGCUGUCAGCGCCAUCAGUGCUCCCUACCAGUACUACAAAGAUCUCAAUCCCUCCACCCUCACCGGCGCCAUCGACGUCAUAGUCGUUCGCCGUCCCAAGACCCACGACGCAGAUGGCUCCACUCCGACUACCGACGACGACUCCGAGCUUGUUUGCUCGCCUUUCCACGUCAGGUUUGGAAAAUGGCAAGUCCUCCGACCGGGAGACAAGAAGGUGAAUGUCUUCGUCAAUGGGCAACCGAUUCCCUUUUCGAUGAAGAUCGGCGAGGCCGGUGAGGCAUUCUUUGUGUUUGAGACGGACGAAGAUGUUCCCGAGGCCCUCGUCACCAGUCCCAUCCUCGCCGCAACGCAGCCCGGACAGAGCAAUACCGAUGUUGAGCGCGCAGGUAGGUUCGGUGCGAAAGAAAGCCCGGAAGCGCAGAUGGAACAAGCGAUGACUACCGGUGCAACGCAGGAACCAGACUUUCUCGAUCUGAAUGCACCCAGUAUCGAAGAGCCACUAGGGACAGGGACCCAGUCCCCGCUAUCGACAAGCAACGGUCAGGAUGAUGACAACGGCAAACCAUCGCUCCUUGCGCGCACAGCACAGCUUGGAAAGGCGGCGAUCGGCUUUGCUGUCGAGACGGAGAAGGCAGAGAGGGAUAAGUUGAAGGACAAGACGGUCAAGGAGGCCAUUGCAGAAGUCGAGCACGAUGAGGCAGAAUUCGUGAAGGAGAAGGCUGCUUCUGCCUGCAAUGCUGCAAUACAUUCGACAGUCAGCUCUCUCGCGGGCCAGGGCGACGAAGCCCUUCCAGAUGCAGACAAUGUUGGUGGGCCUGAGAUUGUCUAUACUGACGACAUGGUCUUCGAUCUAGAGGGUUACCAUGCUCAUGAACGCAGCCGGUCUGAGAAGACAAUCACCAGAAGCCAUGGCGACGAGUCUAGUAGUACGCCAGGAUCAUCGCGUACACCAUCUCCGUCGACAUCUUCGUCUGAUCGAGUUCCAUUUCCAAGCUUCCGGGCAACGUCUGAGCCACCUCUCGAGUUCGCGGGGGACAUGACCCCUGGGAUACCCGCACUGACUCCGCCCACAACGCCGCCAUCUCGCUCCCCAUCUAUAUCGCGGAUGCACGCAACCAAAGCGCGAGUUGGGCCGCACGCAAGCAUCCCGACGUUACGUCCACCCGCAGGCGCGCAGGAGUACAUGUGGGAAUGGGGCAAUUUUCCACAGAAGACUCCGGUGACGACAAUGUUUGCGCCGUUCGGCGACGCACGGAGCAGCCAAAGGAAGGGGAAAGGCCGGAUGAGGGAAUUAGAGGUAGACACGAAUGUCGAGGAGGACGAGACGUCGGAUGGCUUCGUAGCAUCGCCGGCAUCGUUUAGCGGGGAUGCGGACAGCGAAGGGAGUGAGGGAGAGGAGACACGAUAUGGCGCGGGUGGGCUACUCGCGGUUGAUCGUGUGGACCCUACGAGGUUUAGGGUGUCAAUAGAACGGAAAGUGGUUGAGUUUGAGCUGAGUAUAGUCAGUAAUGCUGGAUGGACGAGAAUUGGCGGGGGAAGAGGGCCUUUAGGUGGAGAAGACGAGGUCGUAGACGCGGAUCGGUUCGACAAGGGUAAGCUCGACUUCCAACAAUUCUUGAACGACGAGCAGGUUGUGCGGGAUGAGGACCUGGUGCUCAGAUGGGCUGGUGGAAUGUACAUCACCCGGAAGGACGGAUCGCCCCUCAUGGAUGCCCUUGUCUUGUGGCGGGAUGCGGCACUACAUGGGCAACUCGCGCAGUCACAAUCACGAUCGCCUUCGCCAGGCGCACAACUCAAGGACAUACAGGAGGAAGCGUCGUACUCCGAUGAGGAGCGACGGCAAUUGAAACGGUCAUCCGCGAACUUGUCGGGUACCACCAUGUUUGCCCCUACGAACGGUGAUAUCGCUGCUCCCCGGCCAUCUUCGUCCUCAUGGGUGCGGUGGUGGAGUCGGAGCAGGAGAACGGAGAAUGCCCAGCGGCCAGAUUUGAGGGCGAUGAAUACAGCACCUUCAACUAUGCAAAGGAGUAGGACAGAGGUCCUGGACACGAUCCCUGCGCCUACGAAGCGCUCUGUUUCUGCGGCUCCGACGAUGCCAUUGUCCCCCGAGUUAAGGUCGCCCACUCCUGAUGCCUCUUCGGACGAGGAGAAGCGGGGCAGAAAGAGAUUUGCGAAGACCCUGAGGUUGACUUCAGAUCAGUUGAAAUCGCUCAACCUGAAGAGUGGGGCGAACAGUAUUACUUUCUCAUUAUCUGCAACUGGGGCCGUCGCGUGCACUGCCCGAUUAUUUGUCUGGGACUAUACGGACCGGGUUGUAAUAUCUGAUAUUGAUGGCACUAUCACUAAAUCCGAUGCUCUGGGUCAUGUCUUCACUAUGAUUGGGCGCGACUGGACGCAUCUCGGUGUGGCUAAACUGUACACGGAUAUCUGCCGGAACGGAUACAAGAUAAUGUACCUCACUUCGAGAGCAAUCGGGCAAGCCGACUCCACUAGGGACUAUCUAAAGGGUGUCAAGCAGAAUGACUACCAAUUGCCCGAGGGGCCUGUAAUCAUGAGUCCCGACAGACUUAUGGCUUCGCUUCACCGCGAGGUGAUCAUGAGGAAGCCUGAGGUCUUUAAGAUGGCCGCUCUUAGAGAUAUCCAGAAGUUGUUUGGGAAUACCGCAAAGAACCCGUUCUACGCGGGGUUCGGCAACCGGAUCACAGACGCCUUGUCGUACAGGAGCGUAAAUGUGCCGAGCUCUAGGAUAUUUACCAUAGAUUCGACCGGGGAGGUCAAGAUGGAGCUGCUCGAAUUGGCGGGGUAUAAAUCAUCGUACAUUCACAUGACCGACUUGGUCGACCAAAUGUUCCCUCCCAUCCAUCGCAAGUGGGCGCCGGAGUAUACGGACUUCAACUACUGGAAAACCCCGGUCCGAGACUUUCCGCUUCCUGAUCUGUUUCCUCCUUCACCCGCACUUAGUGCACGCUCCGACACGUCUAACCAGAGCACGCUAGCGCGUUUGCGGCACUUUAGUCUUGGCGGCAGCAGACAGCCCAGUUUAAAGCCGUUUACGCUGCCUCCGCCCGCCACUGAGGGUGCUACCAAAGACGCCCUAGCUGAGGAGCGACGAGAAUCUCAUCUGCGCCAGAUGUCGUCGUUCGAGCGGCUCAGUCAGACGCUGGUCGGCCUGGCGCAGUCCGCAUCACCCUUGAGCAGCCCACGCUCGAGCACACCGACGUUCAUCGACUCGGGCUCAGAGGAUGAAGACGAGGAAUCAGAUCUCGAGAAGCAGAAGAAACGGCGGUGGAAGCGGCGUGAAAGUAUGCCGGGCUCGCUGCCCGGCUCGGAUGGCUCCGUGUCGGACGAUGAUAUUCACUUCGGGAUGGACGACGAUGGAGAGGACGGGUAUGCAUACCAUGGAGAGAACGAGGAGAGAGCAGCAGAAGACGCGUUUGACGAGGAUUUUUUGGCGGCCGGGGAGAUGCAGAGCGUUCCCUUCUUGUGA